UACAAAUACUUUUUAUUCAAAAAUGGGAGUAUGAUGUCAACUUCUGUUUGAUCGUCUCAUUACAAUAAAACUCAUAAUUGCCUUAAUUAAAUCAGUUCCUUAAAGUACAAGCAAUAAACAUGCUCUAAAGCGGUUUCAAUCGAAUUAGGAUACGAGAAAAUGAAACUCCAUUGACCUUAUAGAAAAAUGAGUGAAGAGGAAAUUACGAAGGAAGGUAGCGAAGGUAUCAGUAACGCUUUAUCGAGGGAUACCCUUCUAAAUCAUUUGGAAAUAUCCGUAUCGGAAUCCGAGAAACGGGUUACAGGAUCCCUAAAUUUACGAGAUUACUACACAGUUUACUUAAUAGAAACCAAGGUUACAGAUCCAGACUUCCAGAAAAAGGUAGGCAAGCUAACAACAGUAUGGAGAAGGUACACAGAAUUCGAGCAAUUACACGAUUACUUGGAGGUGACAUAUCCGUUCCUAGUCAUACCUCCAUUGCCCGAGAAGAGGGUCAUGUACGGCUGGCAGAAAAUCUCGAAUGAUACUUUCGAUCCCAACUUCGUAGACAGAAGAAGGGCUGGCUUAGAGAAUUUUUUAUUAAGAAUAGCAGCCCAUCCGGGUCUAACCUGGGACGAGCAUUUCCUGGAAUUCCUACAACAGGAAGACGGAUGGAGGGAGUCUUACAAAUCCAACGGUUACCUUCAACUAGUCGAAAACAAGAUAAAAAGCCUCAGCGUAUCGAUAAGGUUGAAAAAACCCAAUCCAGAAUUCGAAGCGGUUAAAGAAUACGGUGUAACUUUAGCCACGAACCUCAACAAUCUCCUCAAGGCUCGUUCUAGAGUCGCCGAGAAGCAAUUCAACGUUCACAAGCUACACGCCAAUUACGGAAGGGUGUUCAGCGAAUGGAGUGCCAUCGAGAAAGACAUGGGCGACGCCCUGCAAAAAACCGGCCAUUACUUGGAUUCUUUAGCUUUAAGUAUAGAUGCUAGUCUCGAAGACGAGGAACUCCUAGCGGACCAAUUGAAAGAGUACUUAUUCUUCGCUUACGCCUUGCAGAAUUUGUGCAAGAAUCACGAAAUGUUGCAGCUACAGCUGGAAGACGCCGAGGAGAGUUUGUCGAGUAAAAACAGCGAACGUACGAAAGUGCAACAAGGUAAAACGGGUUUGAUGUCGAAGCUGUUCGGGGCGGUCGAUACGGAGGAAGUUCGCGAAUAUAAAGUGGGUUUGUUGGACCAACAGAUUCAGGAUGGUUGCAACGCCAUUGCUAAGUCCAAAGAUGGUUUGUGUGAUUUCACACGAAGGGCUGAAAGUGAUAUUGAACGGUUUCAGAGGCAGAAAGUCUUAGAUCUCAGAGAUACUCUCAGCAACUAUGCAUUCCUUCAACUUAAAAUUGCUAGAAAGGGAUUACAAACUUGGAGUCAAAUAAAGGACUGUUUGCAGAGUAUUCCAUAACCGUUCUCGCUUCAGUUCGAUAUAAUACUUAAAAAUGUUAAAUUCAUGCUUAAUGUGCAAUUAAUUUCGUUAUUUAUUUUAAUAUUUAUUUAUGUUCUUUAUCAUUUGUUUGAUUAUAAAUAUUUCACUAAUACGUUAAUUCUCAAUAAAUUGUACCCACACAUUAUUUUUG